AGAGUCUGUGCAACCGGCGGGACGUUGGGGCGGGGAAGUCAGACGGGGACGAGAGCCUCGGGAUUGGUGAGCACUGAGGUACCCUGGCCGCAGCAUCCGGCGGAAGCAGGCGCUAGGCCCGCUCCUAGGGGCGGAGCUUGCGACUGCGCAGCAAGGCUGGUUCGCCUGCACUUUUUAGAAGGUUCGGAAGUCGGUGUCUCCCUGCUACCAGCCUGUGUGGUGAGCGAUCCCAGGUUCUCCGUGCCCACACUGCCCGUCGCUAAUCCCAGAAAACACCAGGAAGCCGGAAUUCGCCCUGCCUCGGUGACAGCUGCUCUACUGAGCACCCUGGAGCUGCUGAAGGACGUGCACCUGGGCCUGCCCGUGCCCUGCCCGGAUCCCGCCCGACUGGCCCUCCUCUCCGGCCACUACCUUUACUAUCACUACGGGUGCGAUGGACUGGACGACCGUGGCUGGGGAUGUGGCUACCGUACCCUGCAGACGCUGUGCUCCUGGCCAGAGGGCCAGUCCUCGGGCGUGCCUGGGCUGGCAGCCUUGCAGGGAGCCCUAGAGGACAUGGGCGAUAAGCCCCCAGGGUUCCGGGGUUCCCGGAACUGGAUCGGCUGUGUAGAGGCCAGUCUCUGCCUAGAACACUUCGGAGGACUUCAGGGGCGCCUAUGCCACUUGCCCCGCGGAGCAGGGCUUAGGGGUGAAGUGGAGCGGCUGUAUUCACACUUCACAGCGGGCGGGGGCCCAGUAAUGGUGGGAGGAGAUGCAGAUGCCCAGUCCAAGGCCCUGCUGGGCAUCUGUGAGGGGCCAAGUAUGGAAGUCUAUGUCUUGAUACUGGACCCACACUACUGGGGCACUCCGAAAAAGCGUUGUGAGCUGCAAGAGGCUGGCUGGGUGGGCUGGCAAAAGGCAAGCAGUGUCUUUGAUUCCAGUUCCUUCUACAACCUGUGCUUGACCAGACAGAACUGACUCAACAUGCCUGCCUGCACUGUUGGAGAUCCCACAACACACCGAUCCCUGGCACCUAUUGACUUCGCACAGGCUCCGGCAGCAGACAAGUCUCUCAACAUACACGGUCAGGUGACUCUUGAGUUCAAAGCCACCCUGGGCUUAGAGAUACUGUUCUGAAAAUGAUAAUAAAUCGGCAUAAUUCAGUUUA